CUUCUGCAUCUCAUUUCCUCGCUCUUCAGAGACUGUUCUCUAGAUAAUCCUUUGAGAAACGAUAUUCACAAAAACAACGCAAGAACAUGGCACGGCUCACAAAAAGAAGACAGGCUGAUACAAAAGUAAUUCAGUACUUAUGGACUGCCAUUGAAGUAAUCCGCAACCAGAAACAGAUUGCAAAUAUUGACCGCAUUACAAAGUACAUGACGCGAGUGCAUGGCAUGCAUCCAAAAGAGAUCACGCGCCAGCUAAGCUUAGCUGUGAAAGAUGGCCUUAUUGUGGAGACACUUACCGUAGGCUGCAAGGGAUCCAAGGCUGGCAUUGAGCAGGAAGGAUACUGGUUACCUGGGGAUGAAAUUGACUGGGAGACAGAAACACAUGAUUGGUAUUGUUUUGAAUGCCAUUCGCCUGGAGAAGUGAUGAUGUGUGACCAGUGCUUUCGUGUGUAUCACCCAAAAUGCUUACCUGAUGACCUAAGGCUUAGAGAUAGCAGUAAUCACUGGCAGUGUCCAGUUUGCAAGAGCAUGAAGAAGAAAAACAACACCAAGCAAGAGAUGGGUAAAUACAUGCGAUUCAUUGUUUCCCGCAUGAAGGAGAGGGCGAUUGAACUCAAUAAAAAAGGAAAGGAUAGCAAGCAUCCGAUGUAUAGACGUUUAGUUCAUACCACCAUUGAUGUUUCUACUAUUAAUGAGAAAGUGACUGAAGGAAAAUACAAGAGUUACGACGAGUUCAAGGCGGAUGCACAGCUACUUCUACACAACACAAUUAUUUUUUAUGGAGACGACAGUGAGCAGGCCGAUGUGGCUAAGGUUCUUUACAAGGACACUUGUCAUGAGCUGGAUGAGCUGCAGCUUUGCAAAAAUUGCUUCUAUUUGUCAAAUGCUCGGCCUGAAAAUUGGUUCUGCUAUCCCUGUAUACCUAAUCAUGAAUUGGUCUGGGCCAAAAUGAAAGGUUUUGGGUUUUGGCCAGCCAAAGUCAUGCAGAAAGAAGACAAUCAAGUUGAUGUUCGUUUCUUUGGCCACCAUCAUCAGAGAGCCUGGAUUCCAUCAGAUAAUAUUCAGGAGAUUACUGUCAAUGUGCAUCAGCUACAUGUAAAACGCAGUAUGGGCUGGAAAAAAGCCUGCGAUGAGUUGGAUUUGCACCAACGCUUUCUGCGUGAAGGACGGUUCUGGAAAUCGAAAGGCGAGGAAAAAGGGGAGGAAGAAGCUGAAUCUAGCAUAUCCUCUACCAGCAAUGAUCAGCACAAAGCAUCUCAGGAACCCAGAGCCAAGAAAGGUCGACGCAAUCAAAAUGUAGAGCCUAAAAAGGAAGAACAAGAACCUGAACCGGAAACUGAAGCAGUGAGCUCAAGUCAGGAAAUCCCUCCAGUUCCUCCUCCAGUUGAAAAGGUUUCCGUUUGCACACAGACCAAGAAGCCAAGUGCCCCCUCUCCCAGAAUGCUGCACCGGAGUACACAGACCAACAAUGAUUUGGCCUGCCAGAACAUGUGUCAUGACAAGUAUAGCAAGAUCUUCAAUGAGUACAAGGAAAGAGUGGGUGUAGACAACAAGAGAGAGACAGAGAGAGUUGUACGAGAAGCAUUAGAUAAGCUGCGAGUAGAAAUGGAGGAGGAGAAGCGACAAGCCGUUAGCAAAGCUGUAUCUAAUGCUCAGGCGGAAAUGGAUAGAAAGUGUAAACAAGUCAAAGAGAAAUGCAAAGAAGAGUUUUUGGAAGAGAUUAAAAAACUUGCAGCUCAACACAAGCAGCUUAUAUCCCAAACCAAGAAGAAGCAGUGGUGCUACAACUGUGAAGAGGAAGCCAUGUACCACUGCUGCUGGAACACUUCGUACUGCUCCAUCAAAUGUCAGCAGGAACACUGGCACGCGGAACACAAGCGGACCUGCCGCAGGAAAAGAUGAACCUCCUCUCUUUGUCGACAUGCAGCAGUUUCCUUUUACUCUUCUCCUCAAGAUGCCCUAAUUGCUUACUACCUGCAUACCAUGUUUGCACCAGCUCAUUACCUAAUUAGUCUGGAAGAGAGGGGGCUGCCCAGUACAGCCCUCCUGCUUUUGGGGUUAAAGACCUUUCCACCUCUGUCAUUUUUGCACAUUGACACUUGUGCUUCACUUUCCUCUGACUCUGCUUGGGGGUAAGAGAGGUUCCCUACUACGCUAGGCUGGCGACUUCUCUGCUCCCCAAGCUGAUGCGCCAACUCGCUGCCAGAGACACCUGCAGUACAGUCUGGAGCCAUGUGUUGCAGGUACUUCUGGGAACAAACAGGGUUUAACUUACUAUCCUCUCUCAUAACUCAAGUUAGCAUUACCAGAGCACGCGUUGAAUGUUGUAUGUUCAGUACAGAAUCCUUGCUGACAUCCAGUAGUUUUCUUAGAAGACGUUGAAUUUUCAGCUCCAAGGCAUUUUGUGUUUUGUAGUAUUUUAAAACUUUUACAGUAGAUUUUAACAAAGUUUUAUGUAAACCAAGCUGAUUUCAUUGUAGUAUCGUAGGCGAUUUUUUUUUUCUCUCCCCCCUGUGAUAUGGAUAGAACUGAUCUCCGACAAAGGCGGCAGGUUUAAAACGAAGUCUGGAUCCAAAGACUAAGGCACUUGGUAUCUGACCUAUCCAGACGGAUCUUUUAAACAAUGGGGAGUAUCCACUAAUUUGAUCAGAGCGUCAAUCAUCAAUACCGCCGCCUCUCAUUACCUUUUCAUUUUUAGGAAGGCAUUAUAGUUUAGUCAUACCGAGGGGCUGUAAGGUUAAACUGUAGGGGAACAGGGUUUGCAGAACGAGGGACAACCAUUCAUAUUUUUUUUAUUUUUUAAAAUGUAUCCUGUGUUUCUUCAUUACUUAUUUUCGAUAUAUAACAUUUUAUAAAGUAAGACAAUAUAUAAGCUUGUGAUCUCAUAGUUUUACACUUACAAAA